AUGGAUUUUAAAAGAGGAGAUAGAGUAGAGAUAUCUUCAAAAGAAGAGGGUUUUGUUGGAUCAUACUAUUCAGCAACAAUCUUAGCGAAACUAGCACCAACAAAUGAGCUGUGGGUCGAGUAUGAAACGCUAUGUCAAGAAGAAGAUGAGAAAAAGCUGUUGAGAGAAAUUGUUGAUGUGAAGAAUGUGAGACCAUUUCCGCCUGAGGUUAAGUUAUCUGAGUAUUCACUUCUUGAUAAAGUUGAUGCUUAUGAUAAUGAUGGGUGGUGGGUUGGGAGAGUCAGUGCUGUUCUUGAUGAUUCAAUGUAUUAUGUUUAUUUUGAAAGUUCUAGAGAUGAAAUUGCUUACCCUGCCGAUAAAUUAAGGAUUCAUCAGGAGUUUGAAAAGGGGAAAUGGUCUGUUACUAAUCACAAAUGGUUCCUGGUUCAUAAAACAGGUGCUGAUUGA